ACGCAGACUAAAAAUCUCCCUGAAGCUUGACGGUUCUCGAUUCGUAUUUCGCCGAAUUUACAUCGAAUUUUUCCAUUAGUCGUGGAUUAUUUUCCUUCGUUUAGCUUCUUUGUGACUAGAAGAACAUUUUGGUGUCGAAUUUAUUCGGUAUAAAGCGUUAAUCUCGUGGUAAUUUGGUGGAGUUGUCGCUUGUAGUAUUUGUAGGUAUAUGAAGUGACGUUCCAAUGAUGUCUCUAAAGCCAAGAAAUGUGGACUUCCAAGAGACUUGGGCCAACCUUAAGGAAACGGUGGCUGGGGUGGUGGGGCUGAAGUCUGUGGAGCGGUCAGUGUGGAACACCCGUUUCUCUGACGUGUACGCAUUGUGUGUCGCACACCCGGAGCCUCUAGCUGAUCGGCUUUAUGAUGAAACCCGGAACUUUCUAGAAGAGCACGUGGCGGGGCUGCUACAGCGCGUGCGCGGCUCCGCGCCCCUCGAGAACAACGACCACAAUGAUGGACUGCUCGCCAGAUACGUGUCGGCGUGGCGAGAAUACAGCCAAGGUGUGGCUUAUCUCAACAGCCUCUACUCAUAUCUCAACCUACAACACGUCAAACGACAGAAGGUGUCGGAUGCGGAGAUAAUAUAUGGCUCUGCGGCCACAGUCAGUUGUCCAGAACACGAUUCACGCCAGUUGGAGGUGGGCGAGCUGGGGCUGGUGAUCUGGGAGCGCGUGCUGGUGCGGCCGCUGUCGUCGGCGCUGUCGGGGCGCGUGGUGUCGGCGCUGGCCGCCGCGCGGCUGCAGGCGCCCGACCCCGCCAGCGCGGACAUCCUGCGCACCGCCAUCCACAGCACCGUGGAAGUGCAAUCGUUCCUCGUCCGCGGCGGGCUGGUGCUGUACCACCAGCUGGUGCUGGAGCCGUACCUGCAGGCGGCUGCCACCCACCACGCAGCCUUCGCGGCGGCGCUGCUGCACGGCGGAGACGUCAGCCACUACAUGCGGCACGUGCUCGAAGGUCUUGAGCGCGAGAUAGCUUUAGGCAACAAAUUCCUUCAUUCGUCUUCCACUGAGGCGGUCCGUAGUUGCUACGAGCGCGCCGCGGUCGCUGCCCACCUCCCUACGCUCCACGCCGACACUGAGCGGCUGCUGAGAGAGGCCUGCGAGGAGGGACCACAGGCCCAGCAGCGCCGCGAGGAUCUAAAACGCAUGUACACGUUACUGCGGCCGCUGCCCGGCGGGGCGCUCCGCCCUCUGGUGGACGCGGCGCACGAGCAGGCCGCCCGCGAGGGACACGCGGCGCUGCGGGGGACGCUCAACAAGGACGAUGCCCACAUACACUUCGUGAACGCUAUGCUCGCCCUGCAUGGCAAGUAUAGCAAACUGUUCAACGAGGUGUUCAGCGGGGCGCAGGCGUUCAUUGGUGCUUUAGACAAGGCAUGCAGCCUGGUGGUGAACGCCCGUCCUGCGGCCGAGCAGCCGGCGCGCGCCCCCGAGCUGCUGGCGCGCUACUGCGACUGCCUGCUGCGCAAGCGGGCCGCCGCCGACGCCGACACCGACGACAAGCUGGCCGCCGCCAUCGUGGUCUUCAAGUAUGUGGACGAUAAGGAUGUGUUCCAGAAGUACUAUGCGCGUGCGCUGGCGAGACGACUGAUACACCAGCUCUCCGCUUCUAUGGAACAGGAGGAAGCAAUGAUCAACCGUUUGAAAGCGGCGUGUGGUUACGAAUUCACGAACAAACUGCAUCGCAUGUUCACCGACGUGGCAGUCAGCGCAGAUCUCAACGCGAAGUUCCAGGCACAUCUUAGGGAGACCAUGCAGCGGUGCAGCGCUGGGUUCAGUGUGCAGGUGCUGCAGGCGGGCGCGUGGCCGCUGGGCGGCGCCAUGGCCCCGCUGGCCCCACCGGCGCAGCUGGAGCGGCCGGCGCGGCUGUUCGAGGCGUUCUACCGCGCCUCCUUCAGCGGCCGCCGCCUGGCCUGGCUGCACCACCUGUGCACCGGCGACCUGCGCACCCGGUACACGCCGCGCGUCUACCACAUCAGCGCCACCACGCCGCAGUGCGCGCUGCUGCUGGCCUUCGAGCGGGCGGACUCGUACCCGGCGCGGGAGCUGCGGGACACGCUGCAGCUGGAGGGGGACAGCUGGGCGAGGCACGUGCGCCCGCUGCUGGAGACGCAGCUGCUCACGGCCACCGGUGAUGUGGAAUCCGAGGAUGGGGACGCAACCUUAUCGCUCAACCUACAGUUUUCCUGUAAAAGAACCAAGCUGAGGUUGACUCAAGCUAACACGCCGACACAUCAGGGCGGCGUGGGCACCGGUGCGUCCGGCGAGGCGGCCGAGCAGGCACACUGCGACGACGACCGUAAGAUGUACCUGCAGGCCGCACUCGUGCGCAUCAUGAAACAACGGAAGGUGUUAAGACACACAGAACUAAUACAGGAGGUGGUGGCGCAAGCGAGGGGAUCCUUCGCCCCAUCGGUGGCUAUGAUAAAAAAGUGUAUCGAAGCUCUCAUAGACAAGCAAUACUUGGAGCGAGCGCCGGGCGCCCUUGAUACAUACUCCUACCUCGCUUAGUUACUAGCACUUGCAAACCUGUACAAACGCCUUAUAACCCGUAGAUGAAUAAAUGGGUGAAUAUCAAAAUGUGUCAAGUUUGGUGGCGACUGUCAUAUAACUUUUUCGUGAAAAAUUGGGGAAAUUGGGAAUUGAAAAAUUCCUUUUUCAUGUCGGAACCGAGGAUCCUUUUGGAUCUUUUUCAUGUCGGAACCCAAUUUUUCACGAAAAAAUAAUGUGAAAUUUCGCCACCAAACUUGAAAUUUUGAGAUUCGCCCAAAUACUACAAUGACGGACCUCCCAGGCGACUUUCCCUAAAAAAACACAGGUGGCGCUGUACGGUCACGAGCAUCCGCCUUGACAAGCCUGGGUAAGAACCCUAAGCAUCUAGUACAAAAGCCGAUCCCACUAAUGAACAUAAACGAACAAACUUGCAGCUAUAAAUUUCAAGUGACAUUUUCAUGUGACAUGCAACGUACGGUCACGAGCAUUAAUAUGUAUACACUUUGGUACCAUGUCACAUUAACUUCUUUGACAAAUUGAACUACAAGUCUCACUAAAUGUCAAAUAUGUUAGUGCGACAGAGUUCUAAAGUGGGUACAUUAUAUUGCUCAUGACUGUACACCCCUCCUAAAAGGUUUGCCGGUUAGCCCUACUUUUUGGGUUAAUGGUGCGCCGACCUUGGCACCAAGGUUGAUAUCGUUUGUUUUGAUGACUAACGUCGGUGAUAGUGGCUAUUUACUCGUACUGUCGUCUAUAUUCACUUUGGUACCAUGUCACAUUAACUUUUUUGACAAAUUGAACUGUAAAUCUCACUAAAUGUCAAAUGUGUUAGUGCGACAGAGUUCUAAAGUGGGUACAUUAUAUUGCUCAUGACUGUACAGAUUUGCCUCCGUUCAACCUUCUAAUCAGAAUAAAAGACAAUGCAUCUUUUAUCUUUGUUUUUACAUACAUGGCCAAUGUUAUUACACCCAGGCACAACACACCUAUCCAUUAUUAUUCUGAUCAAAAUAAAGAGAAGCAAUAUAGGUAGCAACAUAAUUCUAUACAUAUUUAAUCCAAAUAUCAAGCAGCAACAUAUUUUGGAGAAAAUAAGUAAAUGACGCCGAUUCCUGCAGACACCUCCCAAUUAUACUUUAAGUACCUGUCAUUUUCUUAUCCACCGAAAGGGAAAGGGACGGAUGAUUGACAGCUCUUAAUUUUAGGAAGAAUGAGUAAAUGAAUGGAUAACCCGGGCGAAUCAAAAAGGUAUCUCGCUGGUAUGCACACCGUUUGACGUGUGCUGUCAACAUAAUUCUGUCGGGUUAUUGGCCAGUGUUAAAUUUUUAGACGGUUGUUUUAGAAUUGUGCUUAAAAUUGACGUGUGUUCCAUAAAUUUUAUGCUUGUCGAUUAUCUGUCUUAUAUAAGUCUUCUAUAACUUAAAAUAUAAUUAGAUGAUGUUUACAGGAAUUAGUACCAUUGUCAUGUUAAAUCUAAACAGCGCCAUCAUAUUGUUUUUGGAGAACGUAACCUGGAAAGUCCCCCAUUGAAUGAAUGAAUGGAAACAUAAUAUCAUAACCAUAGACCUCGUAUAACAAAUAGACAACAAAUCUCUAAAAAAAGUGUCCACGGCGCAUGCGUGUAACGACACUGUACAAACGUUUUUGCACUUAAUUUGAACAACCGUAACAUCUUAAUUUGAGGUAACGAAGGUAUACUAUCUACAUAACUUAAUGUACAGUCGUGAUCAAUGUAAUGUACCCACUUUAGGACUCUGUCGCACUAACAUAUUUGACAUUUAGUGAGACUUACAGUUCAAUUUGUCAAAAAAGUUAAUGUGACAUGGUACCAAAGUGUAUACAUAUUAAUGCACGUGACCAUAUAUGUCGUGGCCAGAUUUUAAAAUUGAUCGUUUCAUGAUGUGUUCAACCAUUGUAUGAACGGCGUCUGUGGUCCAGUGGUUGAGCGUUGGACUCACGAUCCGGAGGCCCCGGGCUCGAAUCCCGGUAGGGACAUAUCACAAAAAUCACUUUGUGAUCCCUAGUUUGGUUAGGACAUUACAGGCUGAUCACCUGAUUGUCCGAAAGUAAGAUGAUCCGUGCUUCGGAAGGCACGUUAAGCCGUUGGUCCCGGUCCCUAUUUACUAAUGUAAGUACGUAGUCGUUACAUGAGCCAUGUUAGGGUCUUUGGCGGCUCAGUAAUAACCCUGACACCAGGGUUGAUGGGGUUGGUACUCCACGUCAUAACCCACACGAUAAGAAGAUGAAAUGGUCAUAUUAAUGAAAUAGCCAACUUGACCAUAUCGUUGAAACGUCAACGUUUAAUGAUAUAUCAAUCAACGUUUGGCCAUAUCGUUAAUGCAGGCGGUGUCCAUGCUAUGUGGUGUAUUAAAAAUGCGAAUAGUCGAUUCAUUUCUUAGGUUCAAAAUUAUUUAGCAGCAGUUGUAUAGCGGCAGUUGUAUAUAUGCGUCGCGCUGUGUAAACUUCGAUAGCGCGUUUCAGGACUGCAUUAUUGAAUGUAGCGCCAUCUGUUGCAUGUAGGCGGAACUAGCUGGCCAACGAGUUGGCAUUGAAAGAUGAUCCGCCUACAACGGCAUACAAUAACAUAAAUAGCCUAUACAAGGUGUUAUGGACACCUUAACGAAUUCUGACAUAUUGCCCCCAA